AAAACUCAUGCAACAGCAGCAUCCUGUGUCCAUUCUGUUUUGUUACAAGAUAGUAGUGAGGAAAAACAGUGGAAAUGCAGCAACAAAACAUACGUCUGUCCUGAAAUAAAGUCAACUAUGGCGCUUUGCCUGUGGCUAUUUUUGGUCCUGCCAAUAUGCUGCUGGUGUCAGGGGGCAGUGGACCUAGGAGACAGUGGUGUUUUUCAGCCCCAGAGUGCCCUCACUGACAUGGAGUUUGCCUCUGUCAGCACCUACCGCGGCCCUGGAAACACUGACCCUCGCCCAAAUAAAGAGCUGCCAAUCCUUCUAUGGUGGAGCUCCAAUCUGUUCCCACACUUCCCUGGAGAUACAGAGCGUGUGGACUGUGCCCACUCAUCCUGUCUAGUCACAAGCAACCGUAAGGUUCAGCUGUAUCGCCGCACGGCAUCUAUUAUUUUCUAUGGCACAGACUUCCGGGCAUAUGAAGCUCCGCUGCCGCGGUUACCUCAUCAAACCUGGGCACUUUUUCAUGAAGAGUCACCCAUGAAUAACUAUCUUCUGUCUCACAGUGUUGGAAUCAGAUUGUUUAACUACACGGCCACAUUUAGGAGGGAGUCAGACUACCCAUUAACACUGCAGUGGUUGCCCUCGCUGGAUUAUCUUCUGGCACCUACGGCUAUCUCUCUGCAAGAAAAGAACCACUGGAGACAGGCUGGUCUAGCACCUGUUCUCUACAUGCAGUCCCACUGCGAUGUGCCUUCAGAUCGGGACCGCUUUGUUCAAGAGCUGAUGAAAUAUAUAGAGAUUGACUCAUACGGGAAGUGCCUUAACAACAAACCCCUGCCUGAAUAUCUGGAGGACACCAGCACAGCCACUAGUGAGGACCGGCGCUUCAUGAGUUUUGUGGCCCGUUAUAAGUUCCACCUGGCCCUGGAGAAUGGCCUUUGUCCAGACUAUAUGACUGAGAAGCUCUGGCGACCCAUGCACCAGGGCUGUGUGCCUAUUUACAGGGGCUCAACAACGGUAGCCGACUGGCUCCCAAACAAUCAUUCCGCCAUUCUCGUUGAGGAUUUUUCCACUCCACGAGAGCUCGCCGACUUCAUCAAAGCUUUGGAUCAAGAUGACGUGGAGUAUUUGCGUUAUCUAAAGUACAAAACACCCAGUGAGAUCACUAACUUGCGUUUGCUGGAGGGGUUGGAGAGCAGAGAGUGGGGCGUCAAUGACAUGAGUAAACCAAACUACUUGAACGGUUUUGAGUGUUUUGUGUGUGACAAAGAAAAUGAACGUCUGGCAGCGAGAAAAGCUCACAGAAAGAACCCGAAACAGAACCAACCUCCUCAACCAAAGAUGGCCAACAGCUCACACAUGGGCUGCCCGCUACCCAGUCCAGGAUACGGACCUGUGGAAAAUGUUGAACCAAAUGAUAGCUGGCUCCAGAUGUGGCCGCAGGACUACUGGCAGAGUCUGGAUCAGGCAGAGGGUUUGGAGUCGCUCAUCAGACACAAUGUUUCCGAGCCAUCGUUACUGUGGCAGCACAUCCAGAGCAUCGCUGUGAGGAGAGCCAGAGGCCUAUCAAAUGACUCGAGGUGACGGCUCACAUCAAAACUUCCUCUGACAGCUCAAGACUCAACAUAUUUUUGGCAGCAGGUUUAAUUUGACAAGCCACCCAAGGCUGAUGUGCCGCUGUCAGAGUUUGUGCAAUUUCUAAUUCAUCUUAUGUUUAAAUUCUCCUUUGAGUAUUGUAUAUUAUGUAUUUAUAAUGAAUGUUUUUUUAGCUUUUCAAAGCGCUGAUAUUGAUUGCCUCACAAAAUCACUCAGGCUUGCUUGUCAGAAGAUCUCAUAGAAGAAAAUGACUGCAGUUAUGAUGAAAUCUUUGGCUAAUAGUUAAUCUGAGGUAAAACGUGUCAUAUUUUUCAUUACAAAAGGGAAAAAAAAACAUGGCUUAUUUUUAGGAUGCUAUGAUUUUAACAUGACUUUUUUUUUUUUUUUUUGAGAGUUGAGGACAUUAUAUCCAUUCAGAAAUGCAUUCCUUGAGGAAUUUAUCAUUGAAAUGAGCAAUUUCCACUUUAUAGCUACAAAUUAUGGUAUUGAGACUUGUUAUAGAAUCACAAAAAUGUCCCUUUUUUCAUUGAUGUGGAUACAUCAUUUCAUGAUAUUCACCUAGAUUACUCCAGGAACUGUUUAUUUAUAGUGUUUAAGCAUCUCAGUAUUUCUUAAGCAGUAUUUAUAUAUAUUUUUAUUGCACAUUCUUGUAACAAAAACAAUAAAAGAAUACAGCUUUA